UUUAUUUAUUUAUAUUAAAUUACGAAUUUUUUUGAAAUUGCUGCGAAAUGUAAAUAUGAAGUGGAAUCUCGUUGCACAUGCGAACAAAUUUGAACUGUUUUCAAAAUCGUGUGAUUCAUAAAUUCGACGGGAUUGUUGUUGGAGCCCAUCAAAGAGCAAGAGCAUUUGAUAUUGACGACGACGGCUCAACAGAAUGGAUGUUGAAAUACCUGUUUUGGCUGGAUAUCUUAAUGUUCCAACACAAACUGGAUUUUCGCUAAAUCGCAUCUCGAAAAAGAAAGCAGCCAGCCGAUAUUGUCUCCUAUUCAAGGCCAGUCGUCAUGGCAUUGCACGCCUUGAAAUUUGUGAGAACAAAGAUGAUAAGAAUCCGAAAAUAUUCACACUCGAGAAUUGUGUGAAAAUAACACAGGAGCAGACGCCAUCAAAUCUAAUACAGAUUGUUAAACGCAAUGGCACUCUAACUCUAAACACAACGACUGAUGAGGAGCUCAAGGAUUGGGUGACGGCUCUGCAAACAGUGGCCUUUUGCGAUAAUACCGUCGUCCAUGCCUCACAUGGUGCCAUCGAGGAGGAUAACGAUCUGUAUUGUAGCUCAUUUGAUGGUCUGUUUAUCAUUACGCUCAUACCCUCAGAGGCCUCCAUACGAUGCAACAUCGAGCCGCGCACAUAUAUGCUGCAAAUGACGCCCACAGAGCUGCAGCUGAAAUCGGAAGACCUGAAUGUGACUAUCGCCAUGUGGCCAUAUCGCUUCAUACGAAAGUAUGGGUAUCGCGAUGGAAAAUUCACCUUCGAGGCGGGACGGAAAUGCACGACAGGCGAGGGUGUCUUCACGUUGGAUCACAGCAAUCCGCAGGAGGUGUUUCGCUGCAUGUCCGCCAAAAUGAAGUCCAUGAAGAAACUGAUCAGUGGCGACAGCUUGAGCAGCAUUGAGUGUGGCGAGAACCAUUUCAGUGCUGCUGCCUGCAUGGAACCGGGCUCUCGUAGUCCACUGCCACCGUCGCCAUCGAAUCAGCAUGGCGGCGAAUUCGAAAUCAAUUCCACACAAAGCUGCAUUUCGUUGCGAGGUUUUAUAUCCUCCAACGAUUCGCUAAAUAACUUUGCGGGCAAUGCCAGUGGCGUUGGCGGUAAUGCCAGCAGUGUUUCGGUGCCGCCACCACUGCCGCCCCAAUUGAAACACAUUCCGAACAAACCGCCACGCAAGUUGCCUGCUCCGCUGGACAAGCUGAGCGUUGGAAGCGCGAGCAGCCCAGCUGGCCAAAUCCUUUGUGAUAAAUUCAAGAACAUUGUGAAAUACGAACCCGUUGCCAUAACCACAUCGUCGCCAUCGGAUGCGAACAAUAAGAAUAGCGGCUCGGCUGUGAUGCUUCAACCGCCAUCACCAGAGAUGACGUCCCGCUCGUCAUCAUCAAACACCAACCACGCAGCCCAUCCAGCCAAUCCCCCCGAUCUGCCAUUACGCAACGAAAGUGCCAAAACAAUGCUCGAACGCGAUUACGAAUGCAUCGAGAAUAUAACCGAUGCGUGGAAGACGCGCGGCGUCGGCGAUGUCAAGCAUUGCGAACGCAUUCCACAAAUUCUAUGCGAGAAUGAGUUUGUCCGCCAGCGUUCCCAAUCGCAGCGCGACAAACGCAAGGAGGUGCCGACUCCCCCCACCAACACAACACCCAAAAUCAUAGACAUUGACAUUGGUGAGGGCAGUGUGGGUGUCGGUGUUGGUGUCGGUGUGGUCAGUGUGGGGGCAGCGGCAACAGCUGCUGAUUCCACAUACGAUCGCCUCGACUUUUUCUCACCCAACAAUAAAACUUCCAGCGGCUACAAGACCAUUGUUAAUGUUACACCGCCCAAUAAUCGCUUGCGCUGCAGUCCACCGCCUCCGAAUGAAUACGAACUGAUCGCUAGUCCCGACACCGAAAGCUUUCGCAAGGCUGAUGACAGCCAUUUGGGCUACGGUGUACUCCGAAAAUCCAUCUCCUCCAACACCACCACCACCACCGCCAGCAGCAGCAGCAGCAGCAACAACAACAAUAAUAAUGUGACUGCAACCAUCGGAAUCUCAAGCAACAACAACAAUGCGACCGAAUCCAUGUUUCCCACCAGAACGAUGGUCAGCAACUGUACCACGCCCACAACGCCCACAUCGAACAAGAGCAACGACCAUUCCCUGGAUCAUCGCAGCUAUAAUGGCCUCAAUUAUACCAUCGUUAGCAAGCCCAAGAGAGUGUAAGAUUCGUGAAGGUCGGUCUGGA